AUGCCGACAUCCGCAUUCCUCCGGACAACUUCCCACGUCGACAACUACACAUGGGUGAGUCCAACAGCAGAAAAAAACACUAAAAAAAUUCUUCGAAAUCUUUGAAAACGACAGAUCUUCCAAAAAAAUUAAUAUUUAAGACAAAAAAAGUAAGGAAUGAUUAUAUUACUAUUUCUCGCGAUUUCUGUCGCCAAAAAAAUGAUUUGACAUUGGAAAACAAUGAACAAUAUAAAAAUGAAAAAGUACCAGAAAAGUUAAUCUCCAAAAUGAGAAUAAUUUGUCCUUUUUUUAAAUUUAUUUUUCGAGUUUUACGGGAAAGAGAGCUCAAUAAUGCGGAAAAAAAGGCGCAAAAAAAUUGUUACUUCUGUGCUGAAACGUUCAUUAUUUGAUUUAUUUUGCAAUUCCUCUUUCGAAAUUCUCAGCUGUGAAGUAUUAAAAAAACGCAGAAGUUUUCAAUAAAGUGAAAAAAUAACGACUCAUCGAUUUUUUCUACAUGAAACUGCAUCGUUGCAAUGAGUAAGAUUUUGGUACCUCUGGAAAAUCACCGGAAAAAAACACAGAAUGACAAGGCUUUCUCCUGUCCUAAUCCUUGAUAAACGACAGGAAGAAACUCGAGCACGACGGUUCCCUGCGAGAUCUGCGGCGACCGCUCCUAUGGACGACACUACGGCCUAUGGACCUGCGACGGCUGCAGUUGCUUCUUCAAACGCAGCGUCCGCCGCAGCAUCACCUACUCCUGCAUUUGUGAGUGAAGGCUUCUCUUUCAGAUUUCUGGAUUCAGCCGGCAACAACAACUGCGUCGUCGACAGAACGAGACGAAACUGGUGUCCGGCCUGCAGACUCGCCAAGUGUUACAAGCUCAACAUGAACGCCCAAGGUGAAAUCGAGACGGAUUCUCUAAUCUCAGCGAUUUAGCAGUUCAAUCCGAACGAGGUCCCAGACAAACUGCGCGUUCAAGAAGGUCAAACAGGAAAGCCAGCCCGAAAACUGAUGAAAGCAAAGUCGAUAUUGAUCUGACGUCGCUCACAACCACUUGUGAGUCAUUUGAUUAUCCCUUGAAGCGAUCGAUAAUCAAUUCUGACAGUUAGUUUCUUUCUGAAAACCUCUUUCACUCAAAAAAUGGACCUAUUGGGACGCUCAACCCCCUUUUUCGUUCUUAACAGUGGUUCACCAUGUCUUUUAAAUUGCCAUGGAUAUUAGGUCGAUGAAAAUGGUUUUAAUUACGGUGAAGCUUUGAGAGUUCGAAUUUGCACAACUUUUUCGUUUUGAGAGCUUGUUCUUCGAGUAUUCGAAUAUAACUCACAGUCGAUAUAUUCAAGCCUUCCCGACUUGAGAGUCCUUGGUUAUGCAGCACAACUCCAAUUCAAGCGCCACCCACUAUAUAAAAAGCUCGGUCAUCGCUUAAUUUGUAUCUUGAUGCACAAAUGAAAAGAGCGAUGAACGAGCUCCCCAAAUAGUCGCUGGCGGUUGAAUUGAACUUGUGCCAAGACCGCCUCCCUCCCAUUACAAGUUGGGAAAACUUGACUAUAUUUACGCAAAUUUCAAGGUUUUGGUUUCAAAAGUGUGCAUUAAACAAAGAAAUUAGCCUAAAACCCAUAUUUAAAAACUAAAGUUAUAAACAAAAACUGAGUUUUUGCGGAGGUAGCGACUAUGAUGAAUCUUUAUUUGGACCGGAGGAUGUUUAAAAAAAUACUUCGAGAUUUCCAGACAACACUGAAAUGAACGUUCUGAAGUAGAAAUACCAUUCAAAUCCUGAAAAAAACGUGAUAAACACCUUUCUGGGGUGCUCCAAACGAAUCUCAAGCUCUGGGUCUCUGUUCGUUUCUAACCCCCUUGCGAUGCAACGAAAGUAGUUCGAUCAAAAAAGAAGAAUCCGAAACCUCAAUGCCGGAACGUUCAGACGACUCGCUCUUCGCAGGAACCUUGUCUCUCUCGUCGCAGUGCGUCCUGCUGUCCUUCAUGCCCGUCGAGACACGCAACGAACUCGUUCUGACGCACCGCCACAUCUUCUUCGCCUUCAUGUUGGCCACCAACUUCGAGCCAACUGUUCGACAACUCACAGUCCGUCAACUUUUCCUUCUAGAUCGAUUGAAAACUUUCAGCCGAGCUUAGAGAUGUCUAAAUCCGUUCUGCUGAGCUCCGAGGAAGUCCGUCUUGGCAUAUGUCUUCUUUGGUGCAAAAUCGGUACAUAUUCCACACGCUACGAGACGAAAAACAUCUAUUGACAUCGAAAAAUCUUGAAAGGACGCCAUGAUUUUCAGGCGCCUUGGCCCCAAACCGAGCUCUCAACUUCGCGGUGCCUUUGGCGGUCGUCUACGAGCUCUGGCUGAGACGACACUCGGCGUUGCACACUUCUCCGGAAGUGGCCGAAGGCGUGAUCCGCCUGGCGGAGCAGGUCUGCGAGCGGCAGCCGUGGCAGCUAGAUCAUCUCCUCUCAAAAGCCUCAGAAGUCAUCGCCGCCGAGUUCUUCGCCGCACUCAACGUCCUCACCGCUUCAGGACUUAUGAUUCAACCGUUUCGCAUUGAACAUUGA